UUCCCUUCACCUGCGGCUGGUCAUCCAGGUUAAUGAAUAAACUUCCUGCCCGAAACCCUCCUGAACACGGACGCUGUGGUUUGGAGCCUGCCACUGGACGUCUUUAAAACAAAACAUACGACACUUGUUUCAUUUUUCCAGACAAUAGUUAUUGGCGUUAAUGGUUCUGACCCAGAAACCCAACCGCGCUUAGUAUCAGACCCCCUCACACAUUUCCCUCAGAGCUUCUUUAAACCGUAGCAGGAGCACAGCGGGGGACUUUCCAGUGUCAACAUGGACCGAUACAGGUACUUUAUAUUCAACCAGAAGGUUGUGCUCAUCCUGGGCAUCCUCCAGAUAGCCUGCGCGGGUCUCUGUGUUGUCUGCGGCUUUAUGGACGCUGCUUUCCGCAAGAAUACCCCGCUGAGCACCAGCAGGACGCCGGUGUGGGGAGGACUGAUCAUGGCCUCCCCUGGUGUGUUGGCGCUGUUUGCAUCCCAGAGGAAAAAUGCUGUGUUGGUCAGUGUGAUGGUGGGGGCUGCAGGACUUUCCUGUGCAGCUGCAGUCCUCAUUGUCGGCUACUCCUGUUUGACCCUGACCUAUGGGGAAGAGGACAAAGACGUCUUCCACCACCACCGAAGUGCCCAAGUGACUUUUGUCCUCCAUCGGAUGGUGAAGGGAGCCAAUGCCACCAUCGUCCUGACGUGCAUCAUCAGCCUGGUUCUGUUGUCACUCAUUGGUUACGUGGGCUUCCGCAGUCUUCCGUGCUGUGGCUGCUACGACUCCAGGACUGGACUGGAGACCCUGGUUCCUCAGAGUGAUCCUGGAGACACUGAGAUGGUGUGUACUUGGCAAGCAGGUGGUGAUGACAGGCUCUUUAACUCUCCUCAAACAUCUGAUGGAGUCACCAAAGAGGAAGAGGAUGCUCCCUCUAAGCUGCAUUCAUACAGCAGACUGACCUGAGUCACACCCCAACAGCUCUACAGGCGUGUCCGUUAGUUUCCGUCACCGUUCUAAGAACAGAUGGGAUGUAUACACCCUUCAGUGACACAAGGAAUCUAAUGGAACUCCAAUGAAGAUGAAACUGUUAAGUUAAAAGUGGAAGAUCGGUCAGAGUGAUCAGUGCUGCUUCCAUCGCUGAUUGAACUCCUCUGGACUAUGUGUUCAUUUCAUUCCCAGCAUAUUUUACCAUUUUUUCCAUGCAAGGUUUCCGUAGCACCCUGUGUUCUGUAUGAACCUAAGUUAUGAUUUUAUAAUGUUUAAUAAAUGCAUUUGAACAGUA